CCGUUGGAGAUGCAUUCGACUGUCGCAGAGCUAAUGAUCUUCGCCAACCACUGGAUUGCCCGCUACUGUCUGGACGCCUUCCCGGAGUGUUCUUGUCUGCGUCGUCACCCCGCGCCUAGAUCAGAAUUCUUCGAGGAGCUUAAACGCUGUGCCUCCUCAAAGGGCUUUAGCAUGUCGGUGGACUCUAACCGUGCGUUGGCAGCUUCGCUGGAGGCCUGUAAUGACACCAAUGACCCCGAGGCUAGUUUCCAUAUUCAUUUAACGCCCUACUGA